AGAAGUUUCAAAUUGAGAACUGCGCAUGCGCUGUUCACACUGGUCACCUGAAUACCUCAAGGAGGAAGCACUUUUUUAAAAUCGUCUUAAAUUAAGCCAUAAAACGUCAAAAGAAGAAAAAGAAGAUCAUCUCCAUCACAUUCCUGGUGUCUGCUCUCCUGUAUCCACAUGGCUCGUGUCUUCGUCUAUGGCACCCUGAAGAAGGGGCAGCCCAAUUACUACCGUAUGUUUGAGAGUGCCAAUGGUACGGCGGAGUUCCUCGCCUCGGCCUACACCACCCAGAAAUACCCACUUGUGAUCGCCGGCAAGUACAACAUCCCUUUCCUCCUCAACAUCCCCGGCCAAGGGCACCGAGUCCAAGGAGAGAUUUAUAAAGUAGACGACAAGAUGCUGAAAUUCCUGGAUGACUUUGAAGGGGUUCCCACCAUGUACCAGCGGACUCAGGUCGAUCUGGAGGUGAAGGAGUGGGUGGGGAAGACGGGAGAGGGAGAGGAGAGGCCGGCAGCAGGGAGCAUCACAGAAGCGUUUGUGUACAGCACGACUGCGUACCAGCCAGACUGGCCCUCACUGCCCAGCUAUGAGAGCUAUGACGCAUAUGGAGAUUAUGGGCUCGAGUAUGCGACCAGAGAAGGACGAGACUGAUGUAGCUCGCUGGAAUGAGGAGAGCAGAUCCAGAGUAAAGAGCAAAUAUGAUCCACAAACUUAACCUGUUUGUUUUUUUAACCCCUGUACAACAAUGCCUCAAAAUAUUGUCUGCAGAGCAGGUGGAGAAUAUAUAUCAGUGACAUUUCAAGAAAAAAAAUUUCUAGUUUUGUCAAGUUUGAGUACUUCAUGACUUAAAGACCAACUGGAAAGCAUGGAAAUCAAACUAGGAGGUUGUGUUGUGGUCCAGUUCCUACAGUAUGUGCUGCAUCUUU